UGCAACAUCAUAAUCCGAGCCCGGCGCUUACCAUUGCAGACCUUGAAUCAAAUCCGCCCGCAAUGGCUAUCUUAGGCAAGCGCAAGGCUGAGCCUGAGCCUCUAAUAUCCGAAGAAGAUGCUGCAGCCAUUUUCAGACGACAUUUCGAGGCGGAAUUUGCACCCCUGCCAGAGGCAGAAGCCGCUAAAUCGAAAUUCAAGAAGACGAAACAUGAGGGAAACAGCAACGACAUCGAGAGCGAGGAAGAGGAGGAGAACAACGACAGUAACGGGGACGACGGCGAAUGGGCUGGCCUCUCCGAUGAGGACUCUGUCACAGAAGAAGAAGAAAACCCAACAAUACAGGUCGUAGACCAUUCGAGCAAGCAACCGCCGAAACCAGCGGCAAUGUCAAAACGAGAGCUCAAAGCUUUCAUGUCAUCACGACCUCCUGAGCAAACAACACCCAAAACCGAGCAGCCUCUAUCAGCGACUUCAUCCUCCUCAAACACCCUCCCCGAAGACGCACCCUCCCUUCUAGCCCAAGACCUUGAACUCCGACGACUCCUUGCAGAAUCACAUCUUCUCGCGCCGACCAUUUCAGCAUCGGGUACCACCAUUGCACCCAAGGCUUUUGCUACAGGCCGCACUCGUCAAAAGGCUACGGACUUGCGCGUCCAGGCUCUAGGAUCCAAAGUGUCGAUUCACAAGCAAGAAAAGAUGCCCAUGAACAUGCGCAAGGGUAUUGUUGCUGCGGCAGACGCACGAGAAGCAAAGCGCCGGAGAGAAGCUAAGGAGAAUGGAGUGAUCCUCGAACGAGAGACUGGUAAGAAGAAGGGGCGUAGAGAUAGGGGAAGGGACGUUGCUGUCGACCGACCGGGAGUUGGUAGACUCAAGGGGGCAGAACUACGCUUGAGCGACAAGGAUAUCAAGAGCAUAGAGGGUGGAAGAGAUACAUUUGGUAGAAGAAGCCGGCGUUAGCACGGUAUUUGGAACCCACUUUCGUGCGCCUAGCAGGACAUCGUCGUCACUUCGAGCGGCAGCCUUUGAAAUGGCAUGUAAAAACCAACAGUUUCUUCUUUUGAUCUACCAUACGUAACCAUUCCUAGUCAGUAGUCUCCCCGGCAUAAUGCCUAGAAAUACAGCCUUAUUCAAGGAAUAGGAACCAUGUAUAUACAGAUGCUUCCUCAGUCCACUUCAACUUAAUACGUUCGUGAUA